UUCCCUUCAAAGACAGGACUGGCAAAGACAAGACGGGGGGAGAUCAAAAGCAAUGCCGAAAGUCAUCUCGCUCGCGGCAGCCGCCGAAAAGGAGAAUGCUGCGUCGUCGAGGCGGCCACAGUCGUCAAAGUACGGCAAGGAGGACGAGGUUGGGCACCGGAAGCGGGCGGGCGCGGACAGGAGGCCGCAUGGCCCCACGUCGUCCUCGGCCGACUCGGCCUACUCGAGGGGCGUGCUCAAGAGCAGCAGCAGCAGUGGCAGAGGGAACAACCGGAGAGAAUAUGGUGGUGGGCUGAACGAGGAAGAUGAGGAGGAGGAGGGGGCAAGAGAGCAGGACGUCAUGUACGACGACGAAUUUGUGAACCCGGUCGUGUCGCGCGCACCGCCAAUGAUGCCCAUGUCGUCGCCUCCGGGGAUGGCCAUGCCACGGAGGAGGGAUGACGCAGAGUACGACCCAGCACCCUUGCGGCGGGAAAAGUUGCUCGAGGAGAAGCUCCGGCUGCUCACGGCCGAGCGCGACGCCGUCCAGGCCCAAUUCGACGAGCUGCGUGAGCUACGCCUCACUGAGCCGGAGCGCAUCAUGGCCGAGCUGAAGCGUGUGGCCGAGCAGCAGGCCAAGGCCUCCUUUGACAGCUUCCGGUCGCUUUCGGCCCAGCUCGAGGCGUCCGAGGCCAGGGUGCGCGAGCUGGAGCAGCAGCAGCAGCAGGGAGCAAGUGGUGGGAUGCGGGGUGGAAAGUGCGACGAGUGCGAGGCGAGGGCCGACGUCGUGGAGGGGCUGCGUGCGAAGCUGCGCGAGGCGACGGACCGCGUCGAGCGGCGCCAGGGCGACGUGGCGCGCCUUGAGGCCGAGCUUGCCUCGCGCACCCGGCCAGCGCCUGCCAGCGGCACGCCCGCAGACCAGCGCGCCGUGCGGAAGCUGUACGAGGACCUGACGGGCAUCGUCAUCAACCGCGUUGAGCCAGUCGAGCCUCACGGCGGCGAUGGCCUGCAGCGCUUCUCGAUGGUCUUUGCCUGCGACGGCUACCACGACCUUGAGUUCUCUCUCCAGGAGUCCAAGUCCAACCUCCCACCGUCAUCGUCGUCGUCAUCGUCAUCAAGCAGGCCGCCGCCGCCAGGCGCCAGGCGCGACGACCUCGUCUACUGCCCACACCUCGACGCAGACCGCGACAGCGAGCUGCUGCGCAGCAAGCUCUUCCCGCAGCACCUCCGCGACGACCUCCGCUUCGACCGCGCGCUCAGCGUCAAGUUCCUCUCGACGAUGCAGGGCAAGCUCAAGCGGGCGUGAUUGUCACUGUCUCUGUCAUUGUAGUAAUAGUAGUAGUGGUAGGAGUAAUGUAUACAAUCAGGCG